UGUUCCUCUGUCCGUGGCUCAAGCCAAGGCCUUUGUGAGUAUGGAAUCAUUGUUACCCCUAGAAAGAGCAAGCGCCUCUUUGUCUGUCUUGGUUCAAUUGUUGGAUUCUUCUAUAAGAACCCGCCCCCGGUUCAAGACGACUUCGAAUGGGGCCAUCAUCAUCAACAGCGGAUCGACUCACGAUGUCCUCGCCAAGUGUGCCAGCUGCCAAGAAAGCAAACGUGCCUCCUCAGAACCAAGUGAGUCAUGACUUUAAAGUAUCUCUCGCGCUAUUCUUUGAUUUCAUAUUGCUGUAUGAGGAGCUGCGCCUCCCAUUGCGCGAUCCUAAGAUGAAGGGUCCUGUACUGGACCAACUCGUCCCCGAGAUAGAGGACGCGCGUAGGAUUGAAACCUUUCUUACCAUGAGUUGGCACACCCUAUACCUGGUCGCCGGGCCGUGUUUCGACGAAGGAGAAGAAGAAGAAGAAGAAGAAGAAGAAGAAGAAGAAGAAGAAGAAGAAGAAGAAGAAGAAGAAGAAGAAGAAGAAGAAGAAACAAAGGAACGAUCGCAAAAACGAGAGAGAGAGAGCAGAGAGAACGAACAACGGAAGAAGUGACUAAAGCAGUAAUCAAAGACGCGAAAGAAAGAAAACUUGAAAGAUCAAUAGAAAGAACGACGGCAAGGUGGGCCGGAGCCCUGACUGAAGUCGAUCUCCUCUAUCGAGCAAAGUCAACCAGGAAAGAUCAAAAUCCGACUUGGCAAUCUGUAUGUAACAAGCGGUGUCAAAGAAC